AUGUUGCCUGAGUCCAACAGUAAUGGUCCGGAGGUUGAUCUAAAGGUGCCAGUGCCCAAGGAGUUUGUCGAUAUCAAUAACAUGCCCUCUCCAGAAGAUGUUGCUCAGACUCCUUCCAUUGAUUCGGUCGCAGACUCAGACUCGGUCGAUAGCAGAGGCACCAGUAUACCUCGCAACCAACAGCUAGGUGGCCCACUACAUUUGAAGAAACUCAGAGAACCAGGAAACAUUUCUACAGAACACAAUGGCAGGAUUGCUUCGGAUGCGCCUAUUGAUGAUAGACGGAAAUUUUCCCUGAACAUUGAGCCCGUGCAAAGAACCGUCUCGGUGCCCCUGCGACCGUCCGAGUGGCAGCAGACAGGGUGCAGCCUUCAGAGCACCGAUUCGAUAAACGAAGAAAUGGAAUACGGUAAAGAGACGGUAGCUACGUUUUGCACGCUCGAAACGGCAACCCACGUGAAACAGCACUGGCAUUGCACGAAGGAGAUCGGCCGCGGUACAUUCAGCACAGUUUACAUUGACCAAUCGCAGACGGUAGCUGUCAAGGUUUCCAACAUUCCUUCGCAUGAUCCGGACACACGGCUUCGGAUUCAAAGCUCGCUGAUGCGAGAAUUGUCGCUCUUGCAAUCUAUCAACCACCCAAAUAUCGUUAAGCUUCUAGGUUCAAACUCGAGAUUGGACAAAAACCAAGUGAUCAUGGCAAUGCCGUACUAUUCCGGAGGCGAUCUGUUCACGCUACUUGUUACUUUGGGGCAGGACUUUAAUUAUCACCACAAAAAGCUGGUCUUCAGAAACAUUGUGAACGCUAAACGCAUCAGCUGUCGUCCUUGA